UGCCGGGAGAUGUAGUGCGGCGCUGGCGGCUGGGCUGGAGCGCGAGAUGGCAAAGAGUUUGAACGGUCAAACCGCAACCGCCGUAACGGUUGCCCUCGCGCUGUGCUUCUCGGUGGCGCCGCAGGCAGACGGCAGGUGGCCCCAUGGCGGCGGCGCUAACGUGGUGCUGGUGACCUGCGACUCGCUGGAUGGAAGGUUGACGUUUGCCCCAAAGAACCAAACAAUUGAACUUCCCAACAUAAAUUUCAUGAAAGAUCGUGGUGCUGUUUUUCUAAAUGCCUACAGCAAUUCUCCAAUUUGCUGUCCUUCUCGAGCAGCCCUGUGGAGCGGUCUCUAUCCUCAUUUAACUGAAUCAUGGAAUAAUUACAAGUGCCUAAGCAAUGAUUACCCGACCUGGAUGGACAUUCUGAAAAAUUAUGGCUACUACACAAAGGUGUAUGGAAAGACUGAUUACACUUCUGGGCACCAUUCAAUCAGUAACCGUGUGGAGGCUUGGACCAGGGAUGUUGAAUUUUUGCUGAGACAAGAAGGGAGGCCAACAACAGCUCUGGUUGGUAAUGAGACAACUGUGAGAGUCAUGGAUCGUGAUUGGGAGAACACCGAUAAAGCAGUAGAAUGGAUAAGAUACAAAGCAACCCAGCUCAGUCAACCAUUUGUUCUCAGCUUAGGUCUGAACUUGCCUCAUCCUUACCCAACUCCAAGUAUGGGAGAAGCAUGUGGAGGUUCCACAUUUAAAACCUCUCCUUACUGGCUCAAAAAGGUGUCAUACGAACUGGUCUCUAUUCCAAAAUGGCUUCCUUUCUUUGAAAUGCACCCUGUAGAUUAUUAUUCCUCCUAUACAAAAAACUGUACCAGCGAUUUCACUCAAAAGGAAAUUAAGAACAUUCGAGCAUUUUACUAUGCAAUGUGUGCUGAAAUGGACUUGAUGCUUGGAAAGAUUUUUUCUGCUCUAUAUGACACUGGGCUCCAAAACAACACUUAUAUAAUCUUUACCUCAGACCAUGGUGAACUAGCUAUGGAGCAUCGGCAGUUUUAUAAAAUGAGUAUGUAUGAAGGAAGUUCUCAUGUUCCUCUACUACUGGUUGGACCAGGUGUCUCAGGAGGGCAACAAAUUUCAAACUUGGUAUCACUUGUGGACAUUUUCCCAACCAUCCUCGACAUUGCUGGAGUCCCUUUCGUUGGAAACCUGAGUGGCUUUUCACUACUACCGUUGUUGUCAAGAGGUUUGAGAAAGAAAAUUUCUUUUAAUAAUUCCCGUCCUAACUGGGUUCUCAGUGAGUUUCAUGGCUGCAAUGUGAAUGCCUCCACCUAUAUGUUUAGAACUGGCAAGUGGAAAUACAUAGCCUAUGCAGAUGGUGUUUCCAUACCUUCCCAGCUUUUUGAUCUGAUUGCCGAUCCAGAUGAAUUAACAAAUGUAGCUACAAAAUAUCCAGAAGUUACAAACAUUCUGGAUGGGAAGCUUCAUUCAAUAUUAAACUACCCAGAGGUAUCCAAAAGUGUUCAUCGAUACAACAAACUACAGUUCACCAAUUGGAAAGAAAGUGUAGGAGAGAAUUAUACAAAUGUGAUUGCCAACCUCAGAUGGCACCAGGACUGGCAAAAGGAUCCCAUGACCUAUCAAAAUGCUAUUGAACAGUGGCUUUGUUUUGGUACUGACGCAUACGGGUCUCAAUUUUAAUGUGUAUUCUCAACUGAUUGCAAAAUCUACAUUUAAAUGUACUUCUCAUAGAGGCAUUGUUUUUAGAAAUUUAAGGUUGUGGGUCUAUUAUGAGUGAGUUUAUUGCAGGCAAUAAAACAUGGUCAAUAGCUCAAUGCCAAAAUGUGACAAUUAUAUUAUAGUUAAUCAAUAGCAAUGUUUGGGUCUGACAUUUGGUAAUUUUUGCACCAGACCAGCCAGCAACCUAUUUUAUUUUAUUGUACAAUCAUUUGACAGUUAGUGAUGAAAUCUAUAUGAACAGCCAGACCAAUGUCUAACUACCCUAUCCCUGCUUUUAAAAGCAAAUACUGGAUUUUAAAAAUAAAAAGUUAAAAGGAUAUAGGAAAAGAGCAGGGAAGGAAGACUAAAUAGAUAGUUCUUUCAGAAAUCUAGCCUAGGCACAGUGGACCAAUUGGUUCUCUGAUAUGAAGUUCUGUGAUUAUGUUUUCCACCCUCCUUUAUUCGUCUUGCUUCAUUAUGUGUAUGUAUGUGUGUGUAUAUAUAUAUAUUUUGCUCUUUUUAAA